CAUCCCCCCGCCUUCUCGAAAGUCUGGAAAAUUCUGUGCCCUUCUUUAAAAGCUUGUCAGAUGUUUGGCUGCAAGACAACGUGGACGUGAAGCAAACUCAUCAAAAGCUCAUAUCCUGCUCGGAUUCAAGUGUGACUGGUGCACAACGAUUGCACGAUUUCAACGCAGCUCUAAACUGUAGCGUGUGUUGUAUUUAUAGUAGCAUUCACAAGUAGCUAAGGCUAGCUUUAACCAACGUUAGUUAGCUUGCUAGCGUCAGGUUGUUGUUUGCCGCACUUGGCGUGGAAGUAACGCUAAUUAGCUUUAGCCACCACUACUAUUAGCCGGUGUUAGUUUGAAUUGUGGUGCAGGUCAUAGUAGGAGGGGUAAAUUAGCUUCAUGACAAUGACUGCAGAGGAGCAGACAAGUGAAGGACAACACACCAUCCCAAUGGAGGGAGAGGACAUCACACCAAAGAAAGACGGGGGUGUUUUAAAGCUGGUGAAAAGGGAAGGCACAGGCACAGAGCUUCCCAUGACUGGUGACAAAGUAUUUGUACAUUAUGUGGGCACACUUCUGGAUGGCACUCACUUUGACUCGAGCAGAGACAGAGGAGAGAGGUUUUCCUUCGAGUUGGGCAAAGGUCAAGUAAUAAAGGCAUGGGACAUUGGUGUAGCCACAAUGAAAGUGGGGGAAUUGUGCCAGCUCUUCUGUAAGCCAGAGUAUGCUUAUGGAUCUGCAGGCAGCCCACCCAAGAUACCCCCCAAUGCUACUCUUGUUUUUGAGGUGGAACUGUUUGAAUUUCGAGGCGAGGACAUAACGGAUGAUGAGGAUGAAGGAAUCAUUCGUCGCAUUAUCACUAAAGGGCAGGGAUAUUCCAAGCCAAAUGAAGGAGCUGCUGUUGAAGUAACUGUGGAGGGUACCUAUGAGGGACGUGUAUUUGACGAGAGAGAAUUGAAGUUUGAGAUUGGAGAUGGAGAGAGUCUUGGCUUUCCAACUGGAUUGGAGAAAGCUAUCAUGGCUAUGGAGCAGGGAGAGGAGGCACUCGUCACUAUUAAGCCUAAAUAUGGCUUUGGAAAUGUAGGCAAUGCAAAGUAUAACAUUCCUGGAGGAGCAACACUGCAGUACAAAAUCAAACUGACAGCCUUUGAGAAGGCUAAGGAAUCGUGGGAGAUGAACACGGUAGAGAAGCUGGAACAGAGCAGCAUUGUCAAAGAGAAGGGAACGCAGUAUUUUAAGGAGGGAAAAUACAAGCAGGCGUCAGUGCAGUACAAAAGGAUUGUGUCAUGGCUCGAACAUGAAUCUGGUUUGUCAGAGGAGGACGAGAAGAAGGUGAAAGCAUUGCGGCUGGCUGCACAUCUGAACUUGGCCAUGUGCUUCCUUAAACUACAGGAGCCAAACCAAGCCCUAGAAAGCUGUGACAAGGCUCUGGAGUUAGAUGCAUCCAAUGAGAAGGCUUUGUUCCGAAGGGGAGAGGCACUGUAUGCUAUGAAGGAGUUUGACAGGGCAAGAGAUGACUUCCAACAAGUUAUUCAGCUGUAUCCUGCCAACAAGGCUGCCAAGAGCCAGAUGGCUCUUUGUCAGAAGCGUCUUAAGGAGCAGCAUGAGAAGGACAAACGCAUCUAUGCCAACAUGUUCCAGAAAUUUGCAGAGAGGGAUUCCAAGAAAGAAGCAGAGAAGGUGAAGAGUGAGAGUAAGGAGAACGGCGAUGAUGAGAUGGAGAUUGAGAAUGGAGAAAAGGCAUAGAUGAAGAUGUGACUUAUGGUUCAUCUGUACUUCGGACUUUUGUAACUUCAGCCGUGUGUGUGUGUGUGUGUGUGUGUGAGCGUGUCAACGUGAACACUGAUUUUUGGGGAGCAUCUUCGCUAGCGUUGUUUGUAUUUGGGUUUUUGCUGUGGCAGCUGCACGAGCUGGUGGGGCUUCCCCAGCUAAUGGCACUGUGGGAUGUGGUUUUAAUGAAUGAAUUGUGUGCCACAACCCCACCCCCAAACCCUUUCAACCCACAACUUUGAACUGCACACAUGUUUUCACAGUGUUUUGGGUAGGUAAAAAGUGCAUCCAAAUGUUAAGUGCAGAAUUUCAAACCCUCACCCGUGAAGGGCUAGACCAUUCACCUAGCACUACCCUCUCUCCUAUACCCCUCCACACAUUUUAUGCUAUCCCUCCAACCCUCCUCUCAUGGGCCUACUGAUCAAUUCCUGGAGUUGUGUUGUUUGUGUGCAUAGGUAUGAUCUGUCGGAGUGUCUGUGUCCCAAAGUAUGUAUGUAGCAGCACUGUGGAUAGGUGGAGUAAGACGUUAGCCUGGAAUAGCUGUCGAACUUCAAGCUUCUCUCUGUCUAAAGAUGGCGCUCCCCUAUAGCCCCCAGGGUAAAGGACUGUUCACCUUUUGCUUUGGAAAUAUUGAGUUUGUACUUAUUAAUUCUUUUCCAGUGUUGUGCUUGUGAUUUCUGUAUUGCUCUUGAAAUGAUGAAUACAACCAAUUGCUUAACUGGAAUAUGUGCAACUUUAAAGCAGCUAGAAAGGACAUUAAUUAGCUUCUCCUGGACACACUCAAGUAAUAAGCCGUUAAGUCUUGGUCUUAAUUUACUGUAAAAAGAACCUGUAUGAAUGUGUGCAUCCGAUUCAGGCUGUUAAAGUCGGUACGCCAGAGGAAGAUGUGGGCCUUGUUCAUGUUAGUCUACAACACCUGUAGAGUGGGGCAGAAACGGAACUAGGGGGCUAAUUUAAAACGGGGCUGUGGGUCAUGUGUUGAGUUUAUCUUUGUCUGUUGGAAGGGUCACAGCUUAGUCUGCCCUGAUAGACUGAUAUAAUAAACAAUACCUACAACUUGA